CCAGAAACAAUUGCCAACUGUUUUAAAAAGGCUGGAUUUUCAAAAGAUGCUAUGCAGAUUCCAUUUGAGCAUUGGGCUGAAGAGGACCUUCUUUCAAUAUCAGAUUUGGCUGCUUUACAGUCUUCAUUUAAAAAAGUAGCAAAUAUCGAAGCAUCGUUUGAUGACUACAUACGUAAAUGUUGAUAAUGGUGUGCAGACUUCGGACAACCCAUCCGAAGAAGAUAUUCUCAACAGCAUUUUUGAAAGUCGCGGAGUUCCAGCUGAACCUGAUAACGAUGAACACGAUUUGACCGUUGAAAAAUUGGCAGAAACUGAGGAGGCAUUACCUACGUUGAUACAAGCUGCUUCAUCCAUUAGCGUAAUUAGAACCUUUGUGGAAAUGAGGAGUGACGUGCCGAUUAAUGUUUUCAACUCUCUACAUGAUUUGGAAGCUUUUAUUGAAAAUGAAAAAUGGAAGGCUGUAAUUCAAACCAAACUCACUGAUUAUUUUAAAUAAAAUUACAUAAAAAAUCAAUGUUUCUUUAUAAUGAAGUUUCUAUAUAGUGAAGUGAUUUUCAGGUCCCGUG